AUGUCCGCGUCCCUCUCGCACUGCAAACGCACCACAGAAGACUCCGAUCUCAUCUUCCAGUUCAGCACGCCGCUCGGGCCCGCGUGGGCCUCCGAGGCCGCGUCCAGUUACCCGGACUCACAGACAAGCACGGUUAUCGCGUUGGACGACGCAGUGUCGGAUGCGGCCUCCACGGCCGCGUCUCAGGCACCGUCGUACAUACAGGCACAGGCACAGGCACAGGCACAGGCACAGCCACGCACCAACGACGCGACCAGGCUCGCGCUGGCGCAGACGCGCGUGCUGUCGCACUACAACAACUACUUGAACGGGACGUUCGGAGACGCGGCGCAGCGCACCGCGCUGCGCCCGGACGAACGCCGGCGCAUAGAAGAGAUGGUGGACGCGAUCUGGCUGAACCGCGGGCCGCUCACGGAGGACCUGUUCGAGGACUCCUCCGACGAGGACGCCGAGUAG